GAUGAGCACAUCUGUUGCUAAGCUAACGUGUUUCACCACAAGCCUCACACAGGAGGAAUAGUUAACCAGCUAAUUACCGCGACAUGACGACAGUGCCGCCGUGAACGGUAUGACUAGUUUAUAUCACGGACUGAGGCUGAAUUCUUAGCGGCAGACAUGGAGACUCGGGGGAUUGAAGACAUGUUUGACUUUCGUCGGUUUCCCAAAGAUGCCGUAAUUCUUCUGCUCCUGCUGAUUUACUUUCCAGUUGGCAUCUGUUUGACGUUAAUACGGAUUUUUGUUGGAGUGCAUGUGUUCCUGGUCAGCUGUGCACUUCCGGAAAGUUUUGUCAGAAGAUUUAUCGUGAGAAUUAUGUGCUCGGUCCUGGGGAUGCAUGUGCGACAGAGGAACCCCCGCUCCAGAGACAAGAACACCAAACUCUUCAUAUGCAAUCAUGUGACAGAGUUCGACCACAACAUAAUCAACCUCCUGACUGCCUGCAAUACCCCCCAGUUCGAAGGCUCCACAGGCUUUGUGUGUUGGGCGCGGGGCUUCAUGGAGGUCCACUCAGCAUCCGGACACGGUGCGAUAGGAGAGUCUCUGCAGAGGUACUGUGCCACUGAAGGCACUGCGCCCUUGCUGCUGUUUCCUGAAGAGGACACCACCAACGGCCGUGCUGGUCUCCUCAAGUUCAGUUCUUGGCCUUUCUCACUGACCGAAUCCAUCCAACCUGUGGCCUUACGAGUGUCCAGACCUUUUAUUUCUCUGAGCACACCAGAGUCCAGCUGGCUAACGGAGCUCUUGUGGACAUUUUUUGUUCCGUGUACAGUGUAUCAUGUAAGUUGGCUCCCAUCUGUAUCCAGACAGGAGGGCGAGUCUACGCAGGAGUUUGCCAACAAAGUCCAGGAGGUGCUGGCUGGUGAACUUGGCUUGGUCUCCACUAAAAUCACUAAAGCUGACAAAGCAGAGCACAUCAAGAGGAAAAGACAUACGGUCCCACAGACGCCACCCAAUGUCACGUCUAGACCCAUCGGGUUGGGAUUCAUGGUCCAGAGUUUGGGCACAGACGAUCACAGGCUUGAUAAAAUGGCUCAGCAGGUGAAGGACGUUCUGCCUCAUGUUCCACUGAGCGUCAUCAAAAAGGAUUUAGCAAAAACCGACUGCGUUGACACCACCAUCACGAAUCUGCUGGAGAACAAGGAGGAAGCUGGAUUUGAAGCAACAGGGACGUCCACGUUUGGGGCUUCUAGAACGAGCUCUUACUCAUCUGGUUCUGCUACAACCUUAAAGUCUGCUGCCAAAACGUUUGGGAAAUCACCAGCUGACAGACAUCUGUCUCUUCAAGAAAGAAAAGAAGCGCUGUAUAACUUCGCACGAAGACGCUACAUCGAAAAACACGGGCUGGAUCAUGAGGACAGUCACUGAGCACACUUCAGGUCAAGCCAUCAUGGAAAGCUUGUCGGAAGCAUAGUCAAUUUGCAUAGCGAUCUAAUUUUAAGGAUGAUUUUCUAUCCUCUCCAGCAGUCAUGUCAGAAACCCCCCCCCACACACAGAUUUUGUUGGUGACAAGUAUUCAGAACAUGUAUAAGUUCAAGGAAUGGUGAUUAUGCAUGUAUUUCAUUCUUCAUUCUGGCCGACACAUGAUUUUGAUAACAGUUUGUAUUAUGAUCCACUGACUGUGAAUCAUCUAUUUAUUUUUAUAAUGUCCAGAGUUGUCGAUGAAAAUAAAGUUCAGCUUGACCUUG